AUGGGGUGGUGGCAGUGGUCCCAGCCGUGCGACGACUGCCGACAACAGGGUCUGCCAACGCACCCCGUGUCCUCCCUCCUCAUGGCUCAUAGGCCGCGCGAUGUGCUUUCCAAUGUCGAGCGCGAUGCACUUAAGGAACUCAGGGCCGACAACGACCUCGUUAUCGUGCCUGCGGACAAGGGGCGUUCAACGGUCGUAUUGGACAGGACAGACUACAAUCAAAAAGCCAAAAGCUUGUUGGAGGAUCGUCAGUCCUAUGUCCCAUGCGAAUCCAACCCCAUGAAAACGCUGACACGCGAGAUUAACGCGACGCUGUUGGCAAUGGAGAACUCAGGUGCAAUAUCGCCAAUCGACCGACGCGUGGCGAGAGCACAAGAAAUGGCCCUAGCCCGAUUCUACGGUCUCCCAAAAGUGCACAAAGAGGGCGCUCCUCUCCGGCCUAUCGUAUCACUAAAGGGCACUCCAACCUACGGACAGGAAAAGUGGCUGUUCCAACGUCUCAAGUUUCUGACCUCCGAUUCGAACACCACAGUCAGCUCGUCAACGCAAUUCUUGGAGAAACUUAAAGCAGUAAGUCUCCUGCCAAGCGAUAUCAUGGUUUCCUUUGAUGUCACGUCCCUUUUUACUUCUAUCCCGCAGGGCCUGGCAGUCGAGACAAUCGAACUACUCCUACGAGAGAAGUACGACGAAACGGAGAAUCGCCUCGGACACGCUCAAAUCAUCCAGCUCCUGAAGUUCUGUCUCAAGACGUACUUUACAUUCGACGGAACAAUCUAG